AUGCCUCUCCUUUCUCCUUCACUAUCCAUCUCCUUGGACGAAAAUCAAAAGCACUCCUUUGUUUUGCCUACACCACCAAACUAAAUCUACAACAGCAUGGCCUCUCUCUUUUCCCCUUUCUACUCUCUUUUAACAGUUACAUCUGAAUCUUACCACCAUGGCCAGGAAACCGAAGACAACACUCCUUCGCAAAUAGCUUAUGGUAGCAUAGUAUUGUUGAAGAAACUGGGGCUAUGUUUUCUGAGUGCUGCAUAUGUGUGCAUGGUUCUCUUUUUAGUUCUGAUUUUAGCUUCUGUAUUGGGUGUUGGGUUGGUUCGGUUUUGGGUUGAGGAACCUGUGAUUGUUCAUGAAAGUUUGCAUUUUGAUUACACUGAAACUCACCCUUCAGCUGUUUUUUCAUUCAGUGGUGGUGGAGUUAGUGCUACUGGUGGGUAUAUUAUGAAAAAGCAUAGACGUGUUCCAGUUGGUCACACAUUUAGUGUCUCUUUGUCACUCUUGAUGCCUGAAUCUGACUUCAACCGAGAGCUUGGAGUGUUUCAGUUGACAGCAGAACUUCUAUCAGUAAAUGGAAAUGUGAUAGCAAAAUCAAGCCAGCCAUGCAUGUUGCGGUUCCGAAGCUCACCGAUUCGCCUCGCGAGGACAGUUAUGAUGGGUGUGCCUUUGGUACUAGGAAUCUCAGCUGAAACACAGAAAAUCAAUGUAGAAAUACUGAGGCACAAGGAAAUGAAUCAAAGAACCAAUGCUAUAAGAUUAACCCUACAUCCAAGAGCAGGAAGUUCAUCUCUUCCACAGCUAUACGAAGCUGAAAUUGUUCUUAACUCUCACCUACCUUGGACAAAAGAGUUAAUCAGGAGUUGGAAGUGGACUUUCUAUGUUUGGGUUUCAUUGUAUGUGUACGUUUUGCUACUCAUGUUUCUCUUAUGUUGGUAUAGGCCACUCAUCUUUUUAGUCACACCAGAGUCUUUUAGUAGUCAAAGGGUGAGUGAAAAUGUAACAAGUGAAGAACUUAAAGAGUUACAAGACGGAGAGUUGUUAGGAGAUGAGAGUGAUGUUUCUGAGUUGUUGAGGAAAUUGAGACUUAGCAGAAGUAAGAGAAAGACUAUACUGACACAUGGUGGUGUUGGUUUGGAAGAAACAGUUGGCUCAUCAGCUUCAAGCAUUAGCAUGUCUGCUACUAGAGAAGAUGUAACUAGUGUUGAUGUGGAAGAUGAUGUUGAGGAUUCUGAAUCAGUAUGCAUUGAUUAGAGAGUAUGUUUUAGUUACUCAGGAAAUGGUUGACAUAAGAAUUUCUAUGAACUUGGGUUAGAUCAUAGAUCUGACUGCAUCUUACUAUGGUAAAUACUUAGUAAAGUAAUGUAUGACACUUUAAGUAUGAUAAUGUUUACAGUGUUGGCGUGAGGCUUUGUGUAAUUGAAAGUUUUUUGUCUAUGUCAAAUGUUUUUCAUUUUGCUUUA